CGGCAGUGGUCCGCAUCAAGGCUGCCGCCACGGCCGCCAUGGACGAGCAGGCGGGGCCCGGCGUCUUCUUCAGCAACAGCCACCCGGCAGCAGCCGCGGGCGUCAAGGGGCUAGGACACAAUUGUAUUUUAGUACAGUCAUAUUCCAUACCUUGUUCAGAUAUUCUCCAAUUGCUGGACAACCCUUCAAUUUCCAGUUCUUUGCCUCCACAGAAAGCUGUUAUAAACGUUCUUCUACAAGCCCAGAUUGCCUUCCUUCAAGGAGAAAGGAAAGGGCAAGAAAAUCUGAAGAAAGAUCUAGUAAGGAGGAUCAAAAUGCUGGAAUAUGCUCUUAAACAGGAAAGAGCCAAAUACCACAAGUUGAAAUAUGGGACUGAGUUGAAUCAGGGAGAUAUGAAGCCUCCAAGUUACGACUCUGAUGAAGGCAAUGAAACAGAGAUGCAGCCACAACAAAACAGCCAGUUAAUGUGGAAACAAGGAAGGCAACUACUCAGGCAGUAUCUUCAGGAGGUUGGUUAUACAGAUACCAUACUGGAUGUAAAAUCAAAACGGGUACGAGCUUUGUUGGGCUUUACAAGUGAUGUCACUGAGAGGGAAGAUGAGAAAAACCAGGAGUCAGUGAUAAAUGGAGCGGAAGCUGAAAUUAAAGAAACCGUGAUGAUUGGGAAACCAGAGUUAACAGAUUCAGCCUCUGUACUGGAUACUUUCAAAUUCCUUGAAAAUGCAGACUUCAGUGAUGAAGAUGAUGAAGAUGAUAUUGAUGGGAGAGAGAAAACCAUCAUUGAUACUUCAACGAUUGUUAGGAAGAGGGUGUUGUCUGAUAGCAGUGAAGACCGAGAUACAAAAGAAGCUCUAAAGGAGUUUGAUUUCUUGGUUGCACCAGAUGAAGGAGAUGGAGAAUCUAGAAGUGCAGGCGAUGGAACAGAAUGGGAAAAGGAAGACCAGUGUCUCAUGCCUGAAGCCUGGAAUGUGGACCAGGGAGUAAUUACCAAACUCAAGGAGCAAUACAAAAAGGAGAGAAAGGGGAAAAAGGCGGUGAAGAGGCCCAACAGGUCAAAAUUACAAGAUAUGCUUGCUAACUUGAGAGAUGUUGAUGAACUUCCCUCCUUGCAACCAUCCUUGGGAUCACCUUCUAGACCAAGCAGUUCAAGGCUUAGUGAACAUGAAAUUAACAGGACAGAUGAAGUGGAAGCAUUAACAUUCCCUCCUACAUCAGGAAAGUCAUUUAUCAUGGGAGCAGAUGAAGCCCUCGAAAAUGAGCUUGGUCUUGGUGAACUGGCGGGCCUUACUGUUGCCAAUGAGGCUGAUUCACUGACUUAUGAUAUAGCAAACAAUAAAGAUGCUUUGAGGAAGACCUGGAAUCCCAAGUUUACAUUAAGAAGUCACUUUGAUGGAAUUCGAGCACUAGCUUUCCAUCCAGUAGAACCAGUUUUGAUAACGGCAUCAGAAGAUCAUACAUUAAAAAUGUGGAAUUUGCAAAAAACAGCUCCAGCAAAAAAGAGUACUUCUCUUGAUGUGGAGCCUAUCUAUACAUUUAGAGCUCAUAAAGGUCCAGUCCUCUGUGUAGUAAUGAGCAGCAAUGGUGAACAGUGUUAUAGUGGAGGUACAGAUGGCCUUAUCCAGGGCUGGAAUACAACAAACCCAAACAUCGAUCCCUAUGAUUCCUAUGAUCCUUCUGUUUUAAGAGGUGCACUUCUGGGCCACACAGAUGCAGUCUGGGGCUUGGCUUAUAGUGGAGUACAUCAGCGUUUAUUGUCCUGUUCAGCAGAUGGCACUCUUCGUUUGUGGAAUACAACUGAAAUUGCUCCAGCUCUAAGUGUAUUUAAUGAUAAUCAAGAACUGGGAAUCCCUGCCUCUGUGGAUCUAGUGAGCAGUGAUCCGAGCCAUAUGGUAGCAUCAUUCAACAAUGGAUAUACUAGCAUCUUUAACAUGGAAACACGACAACGCAUUCUCACUUUAGAAGCCAACCUAGAUACAACCUCUAAUAUAUCCUGCCAAAUAAAUAGAGUCAUCAGCCAUCCCACCCUUCCAAUCAGUAUCACUGCUCAUGAAGACAGACACAUUAAAUUCUAUGAUAAUAACACAGGAAAACUGAUCCAUUCAAUGGUUGCCCACUUAGAAGCUGUUACAAGCCUAGCUGUUGAUCCCAAUGGCCUGUACUUGAUGUCUGGCAGUCAUGACUGUUCAAUACGUUUAUGGAACCUAGAAAGCAAGACCUGUAUCCAAGAAUUCACAGCUCAUCGAAAAAAGUUUGAGGAAUCUAUUCAUGACGUGGCAUUCCACCCAUCUAAAUGUUAUAUCGCCAGUGCUGGAGCAGAUGCCCUGGCCAAAGUCUUUGUAUGACAUGAUGCCCCUCUUUCAGCUUUUCACUCUUUAUAAUCAGCUGCACACAAGAGAUAACAGAAGACUAGGGGAAAAGUCAUCUUUUCUUGCCCUUUCAUUCUGCCA